CGGGGCAGAGCGGGGAAGAUCGGGGCAGGCACAGCCCAGCAGAGCGGAGCAGAGCGGGGCAGAGCGGGGCAGAGCGCACCAUUCAUCCCCAGCACGGCCGGGGGCAGACUCCAGUCCAGCUCCCGCACAAAUCUGCGCCGGGUUUGAAAAACCACUCGGACCUGCCGAAGUAAGACCUUGACAAGCACCACUGCCUUUUGAAUCGGAGUCUGCAGGUUUGCGGGGAGCAGGCUGAGGAGGGGCACGGGCAGGGAUGGCUCGCAGGGGGCCGGGUGCCCCGGGUGUGCCCUUAGCUUCAGACACGAGGAGAAAGCAGUGAGCAUCAGCAACAGCCCUUUGGACAACAGGCAACUCGGCAGAGGAUGUCCUAUCAAGAUGAAUAUGGCUCAUUCAAGAAUUAACUCUCUACUCAUCUUCUACCUCAGUUUUUUGCUGCUCAUCCAUUUAAAAAAAUCACUUUGCAUGAGGAAUGAUUCCAGGUGCCUGUCAAACUCUUGCCAAAUGAACUCUACAUGUGUUGAUGGUCAAAAAGACGACCCUUGCCUUUGUGCAGACGCAUUAGUAGACAGUGUGGAGGAACUCUGCAACAAAACCUCCAACCCUUGCUCCUCCAACCCUUGCCUCCAAAACGCUACCUGCCUGGGCUCUGCUGGAAACCUCAGCUUCACCUGCAAGUGCCCCGCUGGGUACGAUGGCCCCGCCUGUGAACGAGCUGACAGUGAGUGUGACAGCAACCCGUGUGAGCACGGAGGCACCUGCCAAAGCGGCCUGGCGGGGCCCACCUGCCUCUGCAGCGCUGGCUACACGGGCACGCUGUGCGAGAGGGACGUGGACGAGUGCAUCUCCGAGCCGUGCCGCAACGGGGCCCUGUGCCGGGACGGCGUGGACCACUACUCCUGCUACUGCGUGCCGGGCUACCAGGGCAAGCACUGCGACCUGGAAGUCAACGAGUGUGCCUCAGACCCCUGCCUGAACGGGGCCACGUGCCUCAACCAGAUAGGGCACUAUGACUGCAUCUGUCCCCUUGGCUUCACGGGUACGAACUGUGAGGUGGAAAUUGAUGAGUGCUUGUCCCAGCCUUGCCUGAAUGGGGGGACCUGCCACGAUUCCUUGGGGAGCUUCUCCUGCUCGUGCGCACAGGGCUUCCUCGGGGACCGCUGCGGCACUGACAUCGACGAGUGCUCCAGCCAGCCCUGCCUGCACGGGGGACACUGCACGGACGGGGCCAACGGGUACAGCUGCAACUGCACCGGGACUGGAUUUAUGGGCGUGCACUGCGAGACCCGCACUCCCUUGUGUUGGUCACAACCAUGCUACAACAACGCCACUUGUGAGGACCAUGCUGACAAUUACACGUGCCACUGUUGGCCAGGCUACGCGGGCUCCCGCUGCGAGGAGGACAUCGCUGAGUGCCGCAGCAGCCCCUGCCUCUCCGGCGCCGACUGCCUGGAGCGCUCCUGGGCCGGCCUCUACGGGCUCGUCCCAGGGCUGCCGCCGGCCUUCCGCUACGACCGGGCCGAGGGCUACAUCUGCCGCUGCCCGCCGGGCUUCGCCGGUACUCACUGUGAUGAAGACAUCAACGAAUGUUACACGAACCCUUGCCAAAAUGGUGGGAUCUGUGAGAAUUUUCCUGGAAAUUACACUUGCCAUUGCCCACCUGCAGACAAAGAAGGGAUUUUUUAUGGUGGCUGGAACUGUACAGAAGUUCUACAUGGCUGUACUGAUCAUCAAUGCCAAAACAAUGGAAUAUGCAUCCCACAUUUAAAAAAUGGCCAACACGGAUUCAGCUGCAUAUGUUCACCUGGGUAUACUGGAAUACACUGUGAAACCAUAACCACAUUUUCUUUUCAAGGAAAUAGUUUCCUUUUGUUGAAGAAUCCCCAGACACACAGAAAGGAUUUUUUCUAUAAUAUAAACCUAAGGUUUCAAACUGUGCAACCCACAGCUUUUCUGUUUCACCGAGGGGAGAAAAACACCUUUGCAAAGUUGGAAUUACUGAACGGCUACUUACACUUAUCCGUGCAAGUCAAUAAUCAGCCACAGGCUCUUUUGCAUAUUCCACAUAAUGUCAGUGAUGGAGAAUGGCAUUCAGUGGAGGUAACCUUGGCAAGAGCUGUUAUUCUUAAUUUGCUUGACAGCUCUUGUGUAGAGUCCUGUCUCAAUAAAACAUCUGCUAAGAUAGAUAACGAGCUGGUGAUGUUUGCGUUUCAGAGCACGUUUUUGGGCGGCUUACCAGUGGGGAACUCUCUACAGAACACCUUUAAUACACAUUCUGCACCUUCAUUUGUAGGCUGUCUUCAGGAUAUUGAGAUAGACUUGAAUGUUAUUACUCCAGAGAAUGUGUCAUCUGGGUCAUCUUUAAAUGUCAGGACAGGAUGUGCUAAAAGGGACUGGUGUGACCCCCACCCGUGCCAGAACAGGGGACGCUGCAUCAACCUGUGGCUGAGCUACCACUGCGACUGCUACCGGCCCUACGCAGGGCCAGACUGUGCAGCAGAGUACAUUCCAGGCCGGUUUGGAUCCGAGGACUCCUCAGGCUAUGCUGCUUUUCCUGUUGGUUCCACUCAGAAUGAGAUCUUCAUCAUAUCACUGUUUGUCCGAACACGCAAACCUUCUGGCUUGUUACUGGCUCUGAGAAAUAGCACUCACCUCUACAUAAGAGUCUAUUUGGAAGGUGGGAAACUCACCAUGCUAGCUCCAAAUUCCAUGAAGUUAUUAGGGAAACACUUGGUGAACGAUGGAAACUUUUACUUAAUAACCUUAAAAAUAGAACCAAAUAAGAUGGAGUUAUUCCAGUCCUCUCACUACCUAGGCUUUAUUUCUACUCCAGCUCUAACCAUCCAGAGUAAGGAUAUUCUUUACAUUGGAGGCCUACCAGAUAACAAAGAAACUGACACAAAUGGCAGGUAUUUCAAGGGCUGUAUCCAAGAUGUAAGAGUGAAUAACCAGCUGCUGGAAUUCUUCCCCAUCACCAAUCCACCGAAUACUCUUAUCAACCGAACUCUGAUCAAUGUCACCCAAGGCUGCACUGGUGACAACCUCUGCAAGUCCAACCCUUGCCACAACGGUGGUGUGUGCUAUUCAAUCUGGGAUGACUUCACUUGCACGUGCCCCCCUAACACAGUGGGGAAGGCAUGUGAGGAAGUUAAGUGGUGUGAGCUUGGGCCCUGUCCUCAUGAAGCACAAUGCCAGCUGGUGCACCAAGGAUUUGAAUGUCUCGCUAACGCAGUGUUCAGCGGCCGGAGCAGUGCGAUAUUUUACAGAAGCAACGGGAAAAUCAGCAGAGACCUCACCAAUAUCAUCUUUGGCUUUCGAACCAGGGACACUGACGUGAUCCUGCUGUAUGCGGAGAGGGAGCCUGAGUUUGUCAUCAUCAGCAUCCACAACUCCAAACUCCUGUUUCAAUUGCAAAGUGGCAACAGCUUCUACAGGCUGACCCUCGCGAGUUCAGUGCCUGUGAGCGAUGGCAAAUGGCACCGAGUGAUGGUCUCCAUGGUGGAGCCCCUGUCCCAGUCCUCCAGAUGGCACAUGGAUAUAGACAACAAGAAAGACACGGCAACCAGCACAGCUGCUGCAGGAAACCUCAAUUUUUUAAGAGAAGAGACAGACAUCUACGUGGCUGACAAGGCUUUUGACAGCCUGGAUGGCCUGCGGGGGUGCAUGAGCACCAUAGAAAUCAGUGGUAUUUAUCUCUCGUACUUUGAAAAUGCUGACAUCCCUACUAAAAAACCUCAAGAGGAGCAAUUUCUCAAAAUAUCGGCAAACCCUGCUCUUACUGGCUGUUUGCAGGUAGAUUUCUGCAGCUCUGACCCGUGUAUGCAUGGGGGGAUAUGUGAAGACUUUUACACUUCCUACCGCUGUGUAUGUCCCGAGGGAUGGACUGGCACCUACUGUGAAGUCAACAUUGAUGAGUGCUCUUCAAACCCCUGCAUCCACGGGAACUGCACAGAUGGGAUUGCCUCCCAUGAGUGCAGCUGUGAGCCUGGUUACAGUGGGGAGAACUGUGAGGAGGACAUAGACGACUGCCAUGACCACCAGUGCGUGAAUGGUGCCACCUGCGUUGAUGGGAUCAAUGGAUACUCCUGCCUGUGUGCUGCUAACUUCACAGGGAGGUUUUGCAGGUAUCGAAGAUUACCUUACACAGUGUGUGGGAACGAAGAGAGGAACCUCACGUGCUUCAACUACGGCAACUGCACCGACCUCGGCGGCGAGCUGAGCUGCAUGUGCCUGCCAGGGUUUGUGGGAGAACGGUGCGAGAAGGACAUUGAUGAGUGCAGCUCUGACCCAUGUCUGAACGGGGGCCUCUGCCAGAACCUGCUCAACAAGUUCCACUGCCUGUGCGACGUGAACUUUGCCGGUGACCGCUGUGAGAUCGAUCUGGCAGCUGACCUGCUCUCGAGCGUGUUCACGGCCAUCGGCUCGGUGACGCUGGCGCUGCUGGUGCUGCUGUCCCUGGCCAUGGCGGUGUCCGCCGUCACCGCCAGCAAACGGGCCACGCAGGGCACCUACAGCCCCAGCCGCCAGGAGAAGGAGGGCUCCCGCGUGGAGAUGUGGAACAUGGUGCAGCCACCGCCCAUGGAAAGACUGAUCUAGGAGACAGCGAAGCCGCUCCUCCAUCCUCAGGCAUGGCUGGAAGGGGACACUGUACAUAUGUUAGAUAUAUCCAUUUUCGUUCUGAUAAAUAUGACAAUGAUUUUUUCACUGCUUUCCUUUUAAGUUCAAUAGUGAACCAAUGACAUUAAUCAUUGCUUUGGACCAUCCAAGGACAAUUUUUAUUUGCACUGGAAACUCCAGCCUUGAUAAUCAGCAGUAGACAUUACAGACAGUAAUGGCUCCUGGGAUAAACGUAACGGCCUGUCCUGAACACCACACAGAAAACAGCUUCUCCUCUGGCUGCCUAGCAAUCACUGCUGCAGAAGAUGAUGCAGACAAAUCAACUAAGCCUGUACAAUAAAGACAUUGUAAUUCUCUUAUCAAAGGGUUUAGUACUAGAGCUGUGUCUCAGUGUAUCUUCUUUCAUCUGUUAAUCAGGGAUUAAAAGGAAGCUGUGUCAAAAACUCUCCAAAA